AUGCCAGAACCCACCGGCCUAAAAUUCGAAACCCUGCCCGAUGAAAUCAGACAAAGCUCAGCAAUCGGCGCCCAAAUCCAACUCCCCACAGGAAUGCCCAUCUUGGAACCCGAAAACUUGACAGAAACAGACAAAAAGACUCUCCAACAAGCCCUCUUCGAGAAUCAGGUGAUCGUCAUCCGGAAACAAAAAGGGAUCGACGCCACCGUUCUCCCCAAACUCGCAAAGAUCUUCGACAAAAGUGCAUCUGACAUUCACUCCGCCGGCGAAAAAGCCGUCAGUGACCCGAAGAAUAUCCUCUCGGCGUACAAAGCUGGGAGACAUCCUAAAGCUCCGCAAGUGGGAAUUAUUGGGUCAGGGAAGUUUCAGGAUUAUGAGGGUUUGAAGGAGAUUGAGGUCGUUCACUUGGACCAUACUUUAUUCCACGAGUCUCCCCUCACUAAAGAAGAGCUCGAUGAUGGAUACACCCGCCCAUACAGAUGGCACAUGGACACACCAUUCUACGAGCGCCUGCCUGGCGAAGUGACGAUCCUGCACUCAAUCCGCAUUCCAAACGUUCCGGAUCAAAAGAUCAAGUUCCCAGAUGGAAAAGAGAAGCAAAUUGGAGCUGGAGCAACAGCCUUUUUCUCUGGCGCUCGGGCUUUCGCUCUUUUGAGUCCCGAUGAGCAGGAAUUUGCUCUUAACACCACCGUUACAUAUGCGCCUCAGGCCUAUGAGUAUAUCAGGCAGUGUAAAGCCUCUGAGGAUGGCCUUACUAUUCCCACCAUGGGACGUGAAGUGGCUGUUGAGGAAUUGUCGGAAUGGAGUUGGGAUAAAGUGGCCGAACACCCUAUGGUCUGGAGAAAUCCCCUUAACCCAGAAAGACCAUUCCUUCAAGUCCACGGCUGUUGCGUCUACAAACUCAGCACCCGAAACCCCACCACCGGAGAAAUCACGAUCAUGAACGACGUGGAACAAGUCCGAAAUAAGAUCUACAGCAUGCAGCGCAAAAUCUAUGCCGCGGAGAAUAUCUACGCGCAUCGCUGGGAAGAGGGUGAUUUGGUCAUAUUUCAUAAUCGCGGUGUCAUGCAUAGUAUAACUGGGCAGUUGGCUAAGUAUAAGGAGGAAGAGGAUAAGAAGAGGAUGCUUUGGCAAUGUACGAUGACGAGUACGAGUGCUCCGAAGCCAUUCCGGGAGUAUGAGGGGGUGAAUGAUACAGGGUAUGUGAAGGCCUGA